GGAAAGGCUUCAGAUGUUUGUCAUUGCCGAGAAGAACUCUCUUUGUUUUUACUGAUUUCUGCAGCGUUUGGUCAUUGGGUCAAGAAUCAGGAAAAAGCAGAAUGGCUACUUCUACCCAGGAAAGUUCUGCAGAAGGUCCGAGCAGUAACUUUAUUGAGCUGGACAUGUCUUAUCUAAAAGCUGCCUACCCUAAUUCUAACUUUGAUUUUGACAUGCUGGCAAAAGAAAUGGAAGAGGAAUACCAUCAAAUUCGCAAGGAACUUCAAAGAGGGUUUAAUUCUUCAAUGAGAAGUGAAGUCCAAAGGUUGAAAACCUUCCUGUCGCAGCCACCUGGCAACGCUCUAUCCACCUGGGCUCCCUUAGAGAUGGCUGCUGCGGGCUUCUAUCACACCGGCACUAAGACGGCAAUACAGUGUUUUUGCUGUGGGCUGGUUUUGCUUGCAAGAAGCAUCAGACAAUCUCCUUAUGUGGAACACAAGAAAUUUUGGUCUAAGUGUGCAUUCGUUUUAGGGGAAGAGGUUGGUAACAUCUCCAAGUAUGCGAUUAGAGUUCAAAAUCCAAGGAGGAGUUUUUCAGGAGUCACUUAUAAAGAUUUGGAGUCAAGACUUCAGUCCUUUGCUGACUGGCCAUUUUAUGCCAGAGACACUCAGCCUGAUCUGCUAGCUAAAGCUGGAUUUUUCUUCACAGGUAUUAAAGACACCGUUCAGUGCUUUGCCUGCAGUGGAUGUUUGGGGAAUUGGGAAGAAGGUGAUGAUCCUUGGAAAGAACAUGCAAAAUGGUUCCCAGAAUGUGUGUUUCUUCAAAAGGAGAAAUCAAGAGAUGAAAUUAAGGAGUAUAUUCAAAAUUACUCUGGAUUUGUCGACAUUACGGGAAAGCAUUUUACUCCAUGCACUGGGAAGAUAUUGGACUCUGAUCCAGGGGACUUAGAGCUUGCAAUAAGCAUCUAUGAAGAUGAAGGCUGCAGGCUGGACUCUUUCAAAACCUGGCCGGCAAAAGCACGCGUGGAUGCUACUUCUUUAGCUAAAGCAGGAUUUUUCUACACAGGGAAGAUGGACAUUGUGCAGUGCUUCUCCUGUGCUGGAUGUCUGGCUGAGUGGAAGGACGAUGAUGACCCGUGGGAAGAACAUGCUAAAUUUUAUCCUCAUUGUAAUUACUCAGAUCCAGAGAGAAAGACAUCAUUGGAGAAGCCACACAAGGAAGGCGAGGCUAAAUCAUGGCAUAAAAAGCAAAUGGACUGUAAAGAUGAUCUGCAAGAUACAGAAGUGCUCAGUUCUGCCAUGACUAAUGUGGUUUUUGAGGAACAUAAAUUGCUUCAAGAACAGUUGAGAAGGGCAUAUGAUGAUAUCCAUUUUAGGAAAAUGUUUCCUUUUGGGGAUUCUGCCCAUUUUGCUGUUGAUCUGAAGACUCUCUUUGGGGACCUAGCCAUUGUUUCUAAGAAUAUCAGUAACCUGCCACUGCAACAGCUCACAUUACCUGAGGUUCUUGAAAACUUUCAGUCCAUUACAGUUCUAGAAGGGGAGGCAGGCAGUGGAAAGACUGCAUUGCUUCGGAAAACAGCAAUUCUUUGGGCCUCUGGAUGCUGUCCCAUACUCAGUAGAUACAAGCUUGUGUUUUAUCUGUCCUUGAAUUCUCAAAAUCGUGAUCAGAGUCUAGUGGACCUUAUUUGCAAUCAGGUGGUGGGUCUUCAAGGAGUAUUAACCCAAGAGUCCCUGGAGAACUUGUGUCAGCAUUUCAAAAAUGAAAUCCUGUUCCUGUUAGAUGAUUACGAUGAAAUGAAUGCAGUUCCUUAUGACAUUGAAGACUUGAUUCAAAAGAAUUACUUGAACAAACACUGUUUAGUUAUUGCGGUUCGUACAAACAGGGUUGGGAAAAUCCGCCAAUAUGCCAAAACCAUUCUGAGCAUCACAGACUUCCCCGUGACAAGCACCUUCUAUCUGCUUAGGAAGCUAUUUUCACAUAACAGUUCACUUGUAGAAGACUUCUUCAUUCAGCUGCGAGUAGAAGAAGCAAUGCAUUCCAUGUUCAAAACUCCCCUUUUUGUUGUGGCUCUUGGGACAUUUUGGACUCAAAAUCCUAAUGGCAGUAAAUUCCUGGAUUUGGUCAUUUUAAAAGCCUACAUGUUAUACACCUCACUGAAAUAUGCUCAGGCCCGUGAUCAUAUGAAAGCCACGGUAUCUGCCUGUGGUGAACUUGCCUUGCGAGGUCUCUUCAAAUCCCUCUUUGAAUUCAGUGAAGAAGACCUGUCUGAGGUUGGGCUGAGUGGAGAUGAUGCUCUCUGGUUUGGUCUACUGAGCAAAUUCACAGCCCAACGUCUUUGGCCAAUCUAUAAAUUUUUCCAUCUUUCAUUCCAAGAGUAUUUUGCAGGUCUAAGGAUGAAUGAGCUCCUGAGUUCAGAUGUGCAGGAAGAUGUGAACAGAGGGCUACAGUAUUUGCAGCAAAUAAACACCUUUGUGAAAAUCAGUGGCCGCUACCAGUAUAUUUUGAGGUACGCCUGUAUUGAAGCUUCCAAAGCAAUACCCAAAAUAGUUACCCACUUACUCAGCUUGCCCAAUUGCGAGAAAUCAUUUGAAAGCCAAGUAAAAAAUGAUCUUUAUCUACAAAAGACUCCAGAAUUGAAGUUACGACAACAGGAGCUUCUCAGUGUCACCUUAACAUUGUUCCCGGAGGUUUAUCUUUCAACAUUCAGGGGUUUUGUACUGGAACUUGUUACCGAGUUAGCUUAUCAAAGCAACAUGGCACCUGCUUGUUCUCCUAUGAUCUCACAGUUCCUUGCUGGAAGAGAGUUUUUUUUAGACUACUUUUCUUCUAACGGUUUCAUCCGUCGCUUCUUUCUGGACUAUCCAGAUAAUUUGUUCUUACCCAGCAGAUUUGUGACGAAGACCAUUGGCAAAGAAGAAAAUGUUGAUUUGUCAUCUGUAGAAGAAACAUGUUAUUCCAAUCUUGGGAUUCCAGUUGUUGACCAGGAAUAUGCUCCUGGUUUUAGACUCUUCAGUGAUGUUUCCAAGCAAAUAAAAGAAGAUGAAGACAGUAUCAAUAAGUUUAGGACUUAUUUCCCCAGACAUUUUCCAGAUUCAAGGAUAGUUCCAUUUCUAUGUAAAAGAGAUCAAGAAAAGAUCCCACAUUUACAAUUUUCUGCCAAGUGCAUUAAUGCUUUUCGGAAUGAUGAUCUGGAGAAUUUAGCUGUGCUUUUCUCAGUUUUCAGUCAUAUUGACUUGAGGCUGCAGAAUUGCAAAGGUCUGCUGGAAAAUAUCAAACCAGCCAUUGAAAAGAAUCUGGAGUACUUUAAAGUGUGCAGCAUACAUAAUACAGACUUGAAUUUAGUAGAAGUGAACCUCCUCCUUUCAAUGCCUUCACUUGAAUCUCUAGAAAUUACGGGAAAGGCAUCAAUGCCAGAAUCUCUGUUCUUAAAUUUGGACCGAUAUACAUUCUUGAAAGAAUUGUCAGUGGAUCUACCUGAUUGCCAAAAUUUGUUUGACAUCAUCCCAGAGGGAUUCAAAAAUCUUCAUGACAUGGAGAAAUUUAUCAUCUGCAACAUUCAGUUUCGAAGCAGUUCACCCAGACUUGCUGAAUUCAUACGGAAUUUCAAAAAAUUAUCUGUUUUUCAUCUGAAGAAUUCUUAUUUUUCUGAUCUGGAGAAUCUUAUGGAUGCCAUGUCUUUUUGCAAGAUGUUGACAGAACUAGAGCUUUCUGGCUUGUUUUUCACAGAUGAAGACCUGUUCUUUCUUACUGCUGCUUUGCCAAAUUUUGCUGGACUAAAGAUAUUGAGGCUCAAUGGCCUGAAUGUCGACAGCAAGGAAAUUGGUACAGCACUGGGAGAAGCUCUGGCUCCUCUUGAGAAUUUGGAGGAACUUUCUCUGCCUGUUGGAAAAGGAAUGAUUGACGCAGCUAAACUAAUUCUCCAGCAAUGCUGCCAUUUUCCAAAUCUCCAAAAGCUGGAGUUUAAUCAGCAUUUGAGUGGUGACGGCCUCUUGGAAAUAGCAAAAGUUGCAGCUGGUGGAGGUUUCCAAAAGCUUGAAGUCUUGAAGCUCUCGGUGAACCACAGCAUUUCAGAAGAGUUUUGGAGAAGGUUCUUUGAAACAUUGCCCCAGGUGCCAAAAUUACAGAAUGUGGACUUUAGUCGCAUUUUCACACAUCCAAUCAAAUGCCAGGCAGCAACGGUGAAGUCUUUUGUCCAGUGUGUCUCCAGGCAGCACAGCCUCAAGGUUAUUAACAUGAUUGGUUGGUUGUUUGAUGAGAAGGACCUCCAAAUGUUUGACGUCAUGAAGGAGCAACAUCCGCAGUCUAAACUUUUAAGCUUGAAUUGGAAAUGGAUGUUGCCUGUUUCACCAGUUAUAAAUAAAUAGAGAAAUAGAAGUGGGCCACAUUGUGUCAAACAGUUUAAUAUAUUUGUUAAGAAGGACAGAUAAGGAUGGGUUCAUAUUAAAUGACUUGUGGGGAUUUGCCAGAAUUCAUUGAUUUCACUGAGCAUAUAUAAAAUCAAUGCCCUUGGAUGUUUCCUCCUACACAUCAUAAACUUUUUACGUAUCUCAAAUUUUAAGGAAGAAAUUUAAGAAAACAGUAGCAUAAUGUUUUUCCAAGAAAUGUGGUUCUAGAUAUGUGGAAACGACAUCCAGGUGUGACAUCCAGGUGAAGCUAUAAUUCCUCUACAUACUAAAACCUUUCCAGUGGCUGCCAUUUUAUCACUGUUUUUAUUAUACAA